AUGUCCACCUACGUUCAGCCCGUUGCUCCUACCGAAGGCCGCCUUGGCCACUUGACUCCCGAGCAGACUGAGAAGCUCCAGCAGUUCUGGGUCCGUCUCCACGACAUCUUUGACGGCAAGACCCAGUUUGACCAGACCGCCCCCUCGUCCUUCAAGGGUCAGACCCGUGAUGAGGAUACCCCUGCCACCCCUGCGCCCGAGAAGAAGUCUGGUGGCUGGUUCGGCCGUGGCAAGGCUGCCGAGGCUCCCAAGGAGAAGGCUGCUGAUGUUGUUGCUCCCGCCCCCCGGUUCUCUGGUGCCGAUAUCCAGAAGGCCUUCUGGAAGUUGACCAUGAUGGACCACCCCGACCUGAUCAUUCUCAAGUUCAUUCGUGCACGCAAGUGGAACUUGGAUGAUGCCAUGAAGAUGUUCCUCAACGCCCUCAAGUGGCGCAUCGUUGAGCGUGUCGACGAGCUCAUCGAGCUCUCCGACUCGGAGCUGGAUGAGAAGUACCCCAAAUUCAUUGAGCAGAUGCGCAUCGGAAAGGGAUACCUCCGCGGUGCCGACCCCCUCGGUCGCCCCAUGUCCGUCGUCAACACCCGUCUCCACCACAAGAGCGACCAGCCCCCAGAGACUAUUCACCGCUUCACCCUCCACACCAUGGAGUGCGGGCGCCUUGUUUUGGGAUCAGGAUCCGAAACGGUUAUCGUUAUUUUUGACUUGUCGAACUUUGGCCUCGAUAACAUGGACUGGGGCUUCGUCCGCCUGUUCGUCCAGUGCUUCGAAUCAUACUACCCCGAGACCCUCGGAGUUUGUGUAGUCCACCGCGCACCCUUCGUCUUCUGGGGUCUCUGGAAGUUGAUCCAGCCCCUCCUCGACCCCGUCGUCGCCUCCAAGUUUGUCUUCACCCGCAACAACGCCGAGCUCCACAAGGUCAUCCCCCGUGACCGCCUCCCCAUCACCCACUAUGAGGGUCUCGACGACUGGAAGUACGAGUACGUCCCUGGUACCCCCGACGAGAACGCCCCCAUGAAGGAUUUGGCCAAGAAGGAGGAGCUCCUCGCUGAACGCCAUGCUCUCGAGGCCCAAUUUGAAAGUGUCACCCGUGAAUGGAACAAGAACAUCAACGGCAAGAACUCGUCUGAGCGUGAUGAGGUUGCCAAAUCAUUGAGGGAGCAGUAUGCUCGUUUGACCCCUUAUGUCCGUGCCAAGAACUUGUACCAGCGCUUGGGUGUUGCUCACGAUGGUCAGGUUACCUGGACCUACAACGUCAAGGCAUAA